UUCUUCUCCUCCUCCUCCUCCUCCUACAAUCUGUUCUCCUCUGUCAGAGUGAUGUAGGGUCACGAGCAUGGGGAAACACCUUCCAAGGAGAAAUGCACACACAUGUACUUUCACAACACACACACUCGCAGAGAGGUCCUCGCUGAGCGCUGAAUUGUGAGAGAACGGUACAUCCUGCACGAGACCAACUUGGAUAGCAGCAUUUCUCCAAACUGGAGCUGUGCACCAGAGUAUCCUGACUAUCCCGACCAGAUCCCGGCCCCUGAGCUCUGACCCUCUAACCCUGGAGGGGCAGGGGGGGUCCACGGGGACAACAUGCGGUGUACCACCCUCGUGGCCCUGCUGACGGGGGUCAUGCUGUACCUGGUGAUGGGAGCGCUUGUUUUCGGCACCCUGGAGGCCCCCGACGAGUAUACUGCGUUCGAUGAACUGCUGAAGACCAAGAACAACUUCCUUAAUAACAACUCCUGCGUCACAGAGGAUGAGUUCAACGAGCUGGUGAAGAGAGUGGUGUCUGCGGUGGAGGCCGGCCUGGAUGUGAACAACCUUCCUGCCAACUUCACCAGCCGCUGGGACCUGGCCUCUGCCUUCUUCUUCUGUGGUACCAUCAUCACCACCAUAGGUUUUGGGAACCUGUCUCCUCGGACGUGGUACGGCCAGCUGUUCUGCGUGUGCUACGCUCUGGUGGGCAUCCCGAUGUUUGGCAUUCUGCUCGCUGGAGUGGGCGACCACAUGGGCACGGUGCUGCGCAGAGCCGUGGCCAAGAUUGAGACUCUCUUCCUGAAGCGUAAGAUCCGGCCGACCACGGUGCGUGUGAUCUCAGCCGUUCUCUCCAUCCUGAUUGGUUGUUUGAUCUUCCUCGCCGUGCCAACUGUGGUGUUUCAGGAAGUGGAGGAAUGGUCCUUUCUGGAGUCGCUCUACUUUGUGGUCAUCACUCUCACCACUGUCGGCUUCGGAGACUACGUUCCAGGUGGUCGUGACGGCGGCUGGUUCUUCAAGCCUCUGGUCUGGCUCUGGAUUGUGUUUGGUCUCGCAUACUUUGCCUCCAUCCUCACAAUGAUAGGCAACUGGCUGAGGGUGCUGUCUAAGAGGACCCGCGCUGAGAUGGAGGAGUUGAGGGCCCACGCUACAGAUUGGACCCAGAACAUCCAGAACAUGUCCAUGGACUUCCGCAUCCCUAACCCUCUGGAGUUCAACGACCCUUUCCUCCUGCAGCGCCGCCGCUGGAAACGCAGUGAGCGCCGCCGCAUCCGCAGGGGGGGCGAUGGAGCGCUGGGGUACCUGUCCCGCGGAGGAUCUGAGAACGGACACCUGCCGAACCGCUGGGCCGCCCUCUCCAGCUCCAUGAGCCGGCUGGAUGCCGUUUCCUCUCUGGAGAGGGCGCUGGUGGCCAAGUCCAGGCAGAGGGUCAGUGCCGCUGGAGUGGGAACGGUCCCGAGGGUGGGGGCUCUGUUGAGGGUGGACCCCGCACUGGGCCUGCAGGUGAAGGGCAGGUCGUUUCCUCAUCGGCUGGCCCGCUCCUUCUCCGUCCCUGUGGCCCGCUCCACCUUAGAACUGGACUCAGCAUGUGUAGCCAUGCAGGGGGGGUCCUUCUCUGGAUCAGAGUCACCUUUUGACUCCAGAUCAGAUGUCUCCUCUGCAUCAUCGUCCUUUUUGGCGCUCCACAAGUUGCAGCCCUGCCUCACAGCCAGCAAGAUGGAGGAGGGAGUACCGAGAGCCGCAGACAUGGACAAAGCAGACAAACUGAUUCCAGCAGAGAGAUCUGUAUCUGUGGUCAACAAGAGCCCAAGACAUGCAGCUGCUACUGUUGUGGACACUCGCUUCACCCCUCUUCACACUUCUUUUCCUCCUUCUCGCAAUCCUAUCCACCUCCCCUCCCCUGUCCUCCACGCUGCCUCUGCUUCCAGCUGCCAGCUGCUAGAUUUCUUCGGAGAAAACCUGGCGUACAUCGACGAGUCCUCGGACACUCUGAGCGACCGAGCGGGAGGAAGGGAGGAGAGGAGGAGGCGGCCUCGAAAGCCCAAGAGGAGGAGUAUGAGGAGGCAGCUGUCGCACAGGCUGAGCCCCACACAGGUGAGGAGGCCCAGCGGUGACAUGCAGCCGCCUUCAAAUCCCCCCACACCCCCCCCAGACUCCUCUCUCUCAGACGGGCCUCGGUCAGAGAGCCACCCGACUCUCUGACAGCCCACACACACACGGUACCAAAGUCAAGGCAUGAGAGACGUGAUAAACAUUGGUGAUUUUACAUCACACCUGAAACUCUGACCACUUCAAACCAAUACCGUAUAAACAUUAUGUAUACACAUGUUAGUCUCACCAUCAUGAAUGUAGCUGAUGUUCAGGAUAUUUUUGAGCUGAACUAAGUCAACCCACAUGUUUUGCUUUGUUACUCUGUGAUACGACAAAGUUUGAUGGACAUUUGAUGGGAAAACCUCCAUGGGGCUGUUUCCCUGCUUCGCUUCAGACUUAAAGAUCUAAGACAUUAAUAUAUUAUAAUCCAGACUGAAUGACUGCAUCAUUUACUGAUCUUUGCUUCAGAUUUUAAAGCAAUUUAGCGAUUUGGGCUCUGUGUCUUUAAUGAGGGGAAUUUCAUCCUACUGUAACUAUUUGUUCCAACAUACUAUAUGUGAGCUCUACUCUGCCACAUACACUCAAUGACCAUUUACAUGCACUAAUAGAUCGAGCAAGUCCCACUAAGCUAUGAUAAAGAUUACGGGCAGUCUGGCAAUAAAUACAUAUACAUCACACAAGUGCGGCUGUUUAGACGGGCCUUUCAAUUCAUUCUUAAGGGGACAUAAAGGUUUGAAUUUCAACAAAUGUCUUGGUGGUGCUAGAGGAAGACUCGGGAGAUCACUGAAAUCAGAAGGAUUAAUAGUCUGGGAAACAUGAAUGCCUGCACAAGAUUAAACUGCAAUUCAUCCAGAAGUUGUUGAGAUAUUUCAGUGAUGUCUAAAGAGAGUGGACCGGUUGACAAUGAAAGGUUGCUACUUCAUAUUUCUUAAAUGAACUUUAGAUAGAGAAGCCUUUCAGACGAGGGAAUCAUGUUUCCUUUUUUAAACUAACCACACCCGGUGUGGAGACAGUUAGUCAAAAGUUUCAGUGGUUUAAACACGCAAUGAGUCACAUAAUUAGACAUAAUUAUCUACUGUGUUGAUCUGUCUUUAAGCCGCUGAGCUCAAGUGGUUCCCGGCAGACGUAUUCAGCAUUAACUGUCAGAUUUACAGUAAGAUGGUUUGUGUUGAAACUACUGGUGUCUGAUGGCUUCAAGAUCAGUAAAGAGUUUUAAAACUGAUCUUAACAAAUGAUCACCCUAAAAGUACAACUUUAAAAGGGAAAAGAGAGCAGAUGUCUUUUUUUACACAACCAUUUAUGUACUUGUUUACGACCUCAUCUACAAACGAAAUUGAUAAUUUUACACUAUGAGGAUCAGGGUGGGCUACCACCACUAAAAACAUUCCUGGGGGGGAAACCCUGCAGUGUGUGGAGAACCUGAACCACAACAGCACAUUAUCAUUAAAGCACCGCAGUGCUGUCCCUCACCCUCAGCCCAGUGUCAGUCCUCUGUGUGAUGCUGUCAAACAAGACCAAUGAAAGCAUUCUUCAAGAUUUAAAGGGGCAGUACGCAAAAACAAUUAAAAUGAAAAAGGUUGGAGAUAUCUCCUUUCAAAUAUAAUGAAAUGACAUGGCACUUGUGGUGAUUGAAGCAGUUUCAGGUAGGAAUAUUAUUUUUUCUUCCAAACUACACCCGCAAAACAUUACCGCGCAAAAGCAACAUGCAUCUGGCCUCAUGAUGGAGAGGCUCAAGCUUACCCGUUGGCGGAUUUAGUUUUAAAGAAAGAAAACAAUUCCGACGUGAAAGAGCCCCCAACCAGAUCAGUAGAUUCUCUUGAGUAACUGGCCCUUAUUUUCCUGGAAGAGACAUAUCUUUUGUGUAUUUUUUACACGUUUUUAUGCAGCUUUGAGCAUCACAACCCAAGUGUCAUCUAGUUCCAUUAUAUUUAAGAGAAGGCAGACAUCUCUACGGCCGAUACCUCCAACACUCUGGAUCCAGAUGAACAGAUAGCGUUACGGGUUAGUGGAAACAAAUGUGUAUCGUUUUCUUGGUUAAACUGUCAGGUUAAACUGUCCAGUUGUUUUAGGGAUGAAGGAGGGGGUUCAUGAUGCUCUUAAAUGUUUUAAGAGUUCAAAAGGAUGAAAGAAGAUCAAGCGACUGUCCACUACUGUAAUAAAACUAUUAUGCACAGCUAUUAUGUUCUCGCCCCGGAUAUAAAUGUUCAGAGAGCUUUUAGCCAAGUAAGGUUACUUUCCUUUUAAGCUUGUUUUUUUUUUUACUAUAAUGUCCAGUGUUAUAAAAGAUCCAGGGUGUUGGAUGAAGUGGCAUCUAGUUGUAAGGCUGCAGUAACAUUGCAAUGAAGGGCUACUUCUAAGCUAAGAAAACACAACCAUUCUUCGUUUCAGUUUAUUUAACAUCCAUGGAAAUAUAGUUAUAAAUAUGACUUCUAUUUAGAUCUAUAAAUCCUACACACUGUUGGUUCUGACCACUUCUACCCUUAUCUGAUACUGUUUAGACUUCACCCCUCUGCACUAUAAAACACUGUAAACGUGUGUACCCUACUGUACUGAUUGUCCUCAGUUGAACCUUGUUUGAUGCCUCAUAAUGUCUUAAGGUUACACAUUAAAGUGAUGAUUACCAGA